GUCAACUUAAUCCCUCUCCGCUUGAUCAUAAGUUUCAAGACACAUUUGAAUCUCGUCGAACCUUAGUUUUGACGGCUUUACUUGACUAAGUGCAUUCACUAUAGAGGAAAGCUUUAGCGAUGGAUAACUACCAGUCAUUGUUACCAAUUUUUGCAGCAGUUCUUGCGGUAUGGAGUAUUUUACUUGGAAUGUCUUUUCAUCAAAUCGAUGAAGGUCAUGUUGGUGUCUAUUACCGUGGUGGUGCUCUACUAUCUCAGACCAACGGACCCGGUUAUCAUCUGAUGAUUCCCAUCAUAACAACAUACAAACCUGUUCAGAUUACUUUACAAACUGAUGAAGUAAAGGAUGUUCCUUGUGGUACAAGUGGUGGUGUUGUCAUUUAUUUUGAUCGUGUUGAAGUAGUCAAUUAUUUGGCGGCUGAAAGUGUUCAUGAUAUUGUCAAGAAUUAUACAGCUGAUUAUGAUAAAACACUAAUAUACAAUAAAAUUCAUCAUGAACUAAACCAAUUUUGUAGUAUACAUACUCUACAAGAAGUGUACAUUGAAUUAUUCGAUCAAAUAGAUGAAUUUUUAAAGCGAACAUUGCAAGCAGAUCUAAUUUUAAUGGCUCCUGGUUUAUAUAUUCAAGCGGUACGAGUUACGAAGCCUAAAAUUCCUGAAGCCAUUAGACGCAAUUAUGAAGCUAUGGAAGCUGAAAAAACAAAACUGCUAAUUGCUGAACAACAUCAAAAGUUAAUUGAACGAGAAGCUGAAACUGAGCGUCGUCGUGCAAUAAUUGGUCUCCCCAGUUUAGAACUCAGAUCUACUGAGACAAUGGUUUGGAUUCGUUUUAUUUUUAUACAUUCACUGUUAUUCAGUGUAAAUCAUGUUGUCACCACUAUUUUAUAACAAGUGAUAAACUACUCAUGUUUUCAAAUUGCUGUGACUCAAAGUCUGUAGACUAUUAGAUUUAAUUUGUAGUUAGUUAAUAUUAUGACAUCAUAUGACACACUUUCGGAGUUAGAUAUUUAUGGUCAACCUGUAGAAUCCAUACAGAUAUUCUUAUUUAACGACCGAGCUGCACAAAAAUAUUCUAAAGCUAAAUGUCGAAAUUUUCUGGGAUUGUGUUAGUGUAAUAGCUGAUCAAAUAAACAUUGACAAUUUUCAAACUUUAAAUUCCAGUGUUCACGUAUCACUUGCCCAAUGAAAAGCAUAAUCCUUUCUACAAAUAAAAAAAAUCAAGCAGUACAUGACUAUUUAGAUCAAUAGUAUCUAUAAUUAAAGAUAUAGAUUUAUCUUCUACAUUUCCGAAAACAGAUUAACCAUUUAAUUUUAACAAAUUUUUAUAAAGUAACCCACAGAAUUAAACCAAACUAAGAGAAACACAUACGAAUAGAAAAGUAAACUGAAAUGUAUCAGUAUGAUUAUAACAAAAUAAAAUAAAUGAUUUACUGUAACAGAAUAAUACAACUUGUAACGAUAAAAUUGGGAAAAUAGUUAAAUAUAACUGUAAGUACUCUUUAUUAAUAAGUCAGAUUGUGAGUAAAAUAUGACAUGAACUCUAUUUUGGAUCCGGUUAAUAUCAGCCAGUGAAAUAUUUCAUUCAAAAAUGUCUUCCUUGAACUUUAAAAACUUAAAUGAAUCAUCGGUCUGCUUUAGUCUUUUUGAUAAAUUGAAUCGUUAUUCCACAUUAUCAAAGUUUUUACAGCAAAUAAAUUGUUUCUAACCAGUUCAUUUUCAAAACAUUACAAUCAUAUUUUCAUAUAUCGCCGUAUUAAUUUAUGAACAAAUUCUAUGUUGAUACCCAGAAUGUUAAAAUGGGUAUUUCUGACGAAAAAUAAAUAAAACACAAGAUUUACUAAACAUAGAAAAUACAUGCAAUUCUUCGGGUAAGUAAAUUAAAUGUGCGACGCGUUCAAUGCAAGUCCUCACUGGGGAGGUCCCGGUCGCUGCUGAAAGUAGUCCUUUACCGGGGAAAAAUAACUCCCCAGUAUCCUGUAAUUUUCAGUGGUUUUUUUAGCUGAAGUCGGUUUGUGAUAAUAACUACAAGUUGACGGUUCUCCUCAAACCCUUUAUUCUAAUAAUAAUAAAAUAUAAGCAGUACAUAAGUUUUUUUAAAUGUAUGAACAAAAGCAAUCAAAAUAGGGGCAUGGUAAAGACAAAAUUUUAACAAACUACAUUUGUACACAUUUAUUUACUUCUAGAAAUUUCUAUUUUCAACACAAAGCUAACAAACAAAGUAUAUAUCUUGACUGGGAAGUAAAUACGUCCAAACUUGUAAAAUUAUCUCGUGUUUUCCUUGAUCUUUUCGUGAAUCCGUUUUAGAAAUCUUUUUUCACUUCAUCAUAUUUCGUAGGUGUUGUAAUAACCUUAAUAUGACAGGGAUUAGUGAUUUUUAGGUCUUUCAAGUCAUCUCAAACAUAAUUGUGACCAAUUAUUAAACAAUAUUGUAUAUGAUGUUGAGUAUAUAUGUCAAUCGACCGCUGUAAGUUAUUAUCAUUUUAAUUGAGAUCAUGAACCGACCAAUAUUAGACCACCAUUGAAAACACGUGAGUACUAGACGGCCAUUUUGUCCCAGUAUGAGUACUCCUCAGCAAUGUGCAUCCACGACUUCUCGCGCGCAAACGCUUAACCUCUAGACAACUGAGCCAGCAUCCAACAGUCUUGAUGUCUAACUUCAACCAAUACGCGGUAUUGCGCGACCAUCCAUUGUUUACGGUGAGUAACUGCCUCACACCUGACACGGUUGAACUUCACUGGUCGUGGCUUUAUGAUCUCAUUUGAAAAUCAACAAUCACCACAAUCCUAUCUGUUCAAUUAUUGAUAUGGCUCCUUUUAUGCUUAGAUAAUAAUCAGUUUUUAUAAUUUGUGUUUAUUUCAUAACAUAACUUAAUUCUUGAAUAACAAAUAAACUUUACCAGUCUUGUAUAGUUAAUAGUGUCAAAUCAGUUACUUCUGGACAUAUGUGACUUCAAAUUAAUUUUAUAGUUAGUGUUUGUACAGUUUAAAAUAACAGUACCAAUAUAAUAAAAAACUUUGAUAGUUAGUUAUUGCUUGACAAUGACUAACAUUUCUGAUUGAUUGUACUUUAGCAUUUUUAUAAUUCCUAAUUUUCAGUUUCUUUUAGACUGUCAUAAUCAUUUUUCACUUUAUUCCAAAGUUUUUGAACACUCUCGAUUCAUAACAUACUUUAGGAAAUGAAUUAAUACUUAAUAGAUAAGUCUAUUAAAUUUGGUGUUGACAAUCUUGAAUGUUUCACAUACUCUACAAUAUUACAUUCAUUAUUAGAUUUUUAUAUACUUAAGUUACUUGUAGCUGAUGCAAGUUGUUGUUAUAUUCUUUAUUUACCUAAAAUGAGGUUUUACUUUUAUAAUAAAUUAGAGGCUGAAAAGCUAGCUGAGGUUUCUGCAAUAGAAUGGCGAGCUAAAUUAGUUGCUCAAGAGCAUGAACGAAAAAUCAGUGAAGUUGCAGAUGCCACACAACUUGCCCGAUCUAAAGCGCUUACAGACGCAGAAUAUUAUCGUGCCAUGAAAGAGGCUGAAGCGAGCCAUUUAAAGUUAACCCCAGCGUAUUUGGAAUUAGCGAAAUACCAAGCUUUGGCACAAAACUCUAAAGUUUACUUUACCGGUGAUCAAGGAAACCUUAUUAUGGAUCUUUUGAACCAAAUGUCUUCAAGUUUGUCUAGAUCAAAUGUGUCAACCAAAGACCAGGUCACAUCUUCAUUUGUGUAGCAUUUCAUUUUUCAGUAAUUAUACUACCUAAAAUUUUUAUAUUUCAUUCGAAGUUGUCUAUUUAUGUACAUUUUUGUAAUAUUGUACAAUAAACCAGAAACUUUUUACUUGUCA